AUGCUGCUCUACCGGAUCGUCUUUGUCCAUGUCCUUCUGUCCGUCUGGUUCUUCAGCCCGGUAGUCGCCACAACAGAGGAGCAGUUGAACGGACAAACUGCCCAGAUUCUCACCCAACUAAGCAGUCUCCAGCACACGGCCGUGCUACGAGCCGGAAACCAUGGUGCCCCCGAGCGGAGGGCCUUCAAAAUAGACCCUAUCGGGGGUGUUACGAGAAACCCGCUGACAGACCUGGGAAGCUUGCUACAGGGUGUGACGGGGACGCUGUCGCCAACGCUCAUUGAGGACGCCCUGUCCGUCAUCCACCACAUGGCGUACCUGGGCGCGCAGCCGACGAGUCCGCAGACCAAGCACCUGAUCGAGGUUGGGUUUGACCUGCGCAAGCAAGGGCUCCUCGAUGAGGUGAUGGGGUUGUUGGAUAAUGCGUCGGAGCUGCUGACUCCGGGGGUUGUCGACGACGCCAACGUGCUGCUUGAUAGGAUUGGACCGUUGGUAACGGAAGCCAACAUGAAGAAGAUUACGGGUCUUGUGGAGACUGCAAAUACGCUUCUCACACCCGAGUUCAACAAGGAGGUCAAGGUGCUGAUUGGAAGCGUCGAGGAAGCGUUGCCGGCCGACAAGAUAGACGAUCUUAAGGCACUGGUCCAUGCUACUAACGAGGCGCUUCUUCCCGACGGAAUGAAACAGAUUAGCGCUUUGCUGGAGAAUGCAAAGGAGCUCCUGACGCACGAUAUGCUGCAGGAGAUCCAGUGCCUCAUCAGCAGAGCUGGGAAAUUGGUCACGAACGACAACCUGGACAAGAUCGAGAGUCUCUUGACAGGGGCUGGACAGCUCCUCACAGCCCAGACGGUUCGACAGCUGAAGACUGCGCUGGAUGACGUGGGCGAUCUAGAUAUAGAUCAACUAAAGACACUCCCCGACCUCAUCGAUAUCGGCAUCUCUCUGCUGACCGAGGACGCGGUGGACCAAAUCCGCGGUUUGGUAAACAACGUGGGUAUCCUGGUUCAAGACGGCUCUUUGCCAAAUAUCAAGCCUCUGGUGCAGAAUGGAUACGCUCUGUUAACGCCAGAGUUCAGCAAGGACGUCGAGGCAUUGAUUAACGCGGCUGGGUCACUGGUCAAGGACAUGCCCGAGCUGAUGGACCAGGUACAAGACAUGUUCAAGAAUGCGGCCCCGAUCCUGGAGUCAGAGUUGCGGAAGGAAAUCACGAAUCUGAUUGUGAAUGGCAAAGUGCUUUUGACACCGGCAGGCGCCCGCGACAUCCGCCGUCUGAUGCACACCGUCUCGAACGGCCUGAGUCCUUACAUGUUGGGGCGCGUGAAGACGCUGCUGACGAUGGUCGAGGGUUUGCUAACGGAAAAUCGUAUCAAACAGCUUGGCAAUCUGAUAGACGGCGUCGCUACCAACUUGACCCCGAAGCUGCGAACACUUCCAUCGCUGUUGGACAAUGCCGGCGGUCUCCUGACAGAGGCGGGCGUGCAGCAUAUUAGCGACUUGUUGGAGGCCGUAGCGCCGAUGGUUACGCCCGAGCUUCUGCAGGAGGUCCAGGCACUGCUCAAGUAUGCCAGCGGGCUGCUCACGGAGGAGAGGGUUGAUCUCACACGAAACCUGAUCAGCAAUGCGUCCAAGUUGGUUUCGAUGUUGGUCGACUUUUUGAAGAACAUCCCAGUGAUUGAUAUCGAUAUUCACAUUUCCGAUAUGAAGUAG